UCGGAUUAAAUAAGGGUUUUGACAUAAGCCCUACGCCUCCUCUUUCUCCCAAUAUGAACUCUCGCACAAAAAUUGGGUUUUAGAAAUUGAAACUUUUACGGCUGAAUCCUUCUCCAAAAUUGUUUCUUCGAUUAAAUUGGACAUAAUACUGAAAGCUAAAAUCAAUGACAACAUCAGAGGAUGAACAAUCGAAGGUAUCUUGCAACAAAGGUAGAUUCAUGAAAGGGGAUUUGGUGGAAGUGUGCAGUGAUGAAGAUGGUUUCCAAGGUGCAUGGUUUGCUGCUACAGUGAUUGAACAAGUAAGUUCAGGAAAUUUGAUGAUUCAGUAUAAAUCAUUGAGGAACGAUGAAGACACAGAUUUUUUGACAGAAGUGGUUGAUAGCAACCACAUACGUCCUCAUCCUGGUCAAGAAGCUGUCGACCAUUACCGUGAGCUUGAAGAAGUUGAUGCUCUGUACAACGAUGGAUGGUGGGUGGGUGUGAUUUCUAAAGUUAUCGGCAAACAGAAAUAUGAGGUUUACUUCAGGGGAACGGAUGAGGAAAUGGUGUUUAAACAAUCUGAUUUGAGGCGACAUCAAGAAUGGAUCUCUGGGAAAUGGGUAUCUUCUAAUUUGGUAGAUAUUUUCAAGAAGUAGCAUGUUUUAUUCCUUUCUGCUAACUAUUUUGACAACCUAGUGGGACAAGUUUUGGUAUUCGUUGACAGAUUAGGUCUCUUAUUUUGGUUUAUACAUUAAGGAUCAUCUUGUAUUUUGGAGGGCAUUAGUGUCUUUUAAUUGGUUACAUUUUGGAGUUUCUUUAAUUCACUAUAAAGUUCUCUUAAUAAAA